UAUGGCUUGCCAGCAUGAGGCGCGCUCUCAUGCAUACUAGAAUGCGUAGGUUUCUCUUUCAUUGCUUCUCUUCUCCACCCCUACAACAACGCAUGGACGCAAGCCUGACAGAGGCAGAGAGAGAGAUAGAGCGAGCCAGCGAGCGAGCGAGCGAGCGAGAGAGAGAGAGAGAGAGAGAGAGAGAGAGAGCACUAUCACAACCAAGUGUAACUGUUUGCCAGCAACGGACAGAAGGCUGAGAUUGAGAGAAAGUGAGGGUCGAGGAGAGCAAGAACAGAAGGACACAUAAAUAAUAUUGCAUUCCAGUGGCCAGUCAGGGGUCAGUUUUUCAUCACACCCGUUAUUUGAAGCUGUAUUUCGCCCCGAAGAGAAGCAGAAGGUGGAAACGCAACCUGUCUGAAGAUGGAAGGGAUGGCAUACGGAGCGGGGAAGGCUGGGGGAGCCUUCGAUCCCGUGACGUUCUUCCAGCAGCCCCACACUAUUCUUCGAAUCGUGUCUUGGCUCUUCUCCAUUGUGAUUUUUGGCUGCAUCGCCAACGAGGGCUACGUGAACCGGCCCGACGAGGUGGAGGAGUUCUGCAUCUUCAACCGCAACCAGAACGCCUGUAACUACGGCGUCACCAUGGGGAGCCUGGCCUUCCUGUGCUGCGUGGCCUUCCUGGCGCUGGACAUCUACUUCCCCCAGAUCAGCAGCGUCAAGGACCGCAAGAAGGCCGUGCUGGCCGACGUCGGGGUGUCCGCGUUCUGGUCCUUCAUGUGGUUCGUGGGCUUCUGUUUCCUGACCAACCAGUGGCAGGUGGCCAAGCAUGAGGACAACCCCCUGAGGGAGGGGGGAGACGCCGCCCGAGCCGCCAUCACGUUCUCCUUCUUCUCCAUCUUCACCUGGGGGGCUCUGACACUGCUGUCCUUGGAGAGACUAAAAAGUGUGUCUUUUGAAGAAGAGUACAACAAACUUUUCACCCCCCAGCCCACACCCCCGCUAGCGUAACACCCUCACCGCCCCGUAACUGCAGCUCUCUGUCUGUACGCCAGCUUCCCAAACACGACAGAGACAGCGCAUUCCCCAGCGCAUUCCCCCACCGCCCACCUCCUGCCCACGUCUCCGCUCUUAGUUUUCAUUUGAUUUUUUAUUAUCAGUGAGUUGUGGUGAUCCUUUCACCUGGUAACAGGGGCCACUGAAUGCACUGUAUGGCUUCGUUUAUACAAUUUGUGUUAACAUGUUAAUCUGAUGCUGAUCCCCAUCUCAAUGUGUCACUCUCAGUGAGCAUUAUUCAAUUAGCAACGAAAUGAGCGGGCUAACAAGUUUGCGGGAAAUGGUCUGUGAGGUGUAUUUUCAGAAUUCAGGGAUGUCUUUUUUUAUUUUUGGAGAGAAAUGAAUGUGCUGGCCUAUGCCUCCACACAUAGGAGUUGACGACCGUAUAUGCGCUUGAUUCAUCCCCAAAACAGUACACCAAUAUAUUUUAGCACCGUCAAAAGAUUCAAACCACUGUGUAUGUCAUGUAAACUGACAUGUGACAGAUCACCCAAAUGGAUGAAACAUUCCAGGAAGGUACAGUACUUGUGUGCAGAUCAAGUAGACAACAACAAAAAAAGUUCAUAUUCUGUCCUGUCAGGAUAGGAUGUUGACUACUGGAUUUGGUGCUGGCCUUGUAUAUCAAUUUGAAAAACACAAAAAAAAAUACGGUGCCCCCUGGUGGUCACGGGGCCUCUUGUGUGGCUUACUGGGUCGAGUCGGGCUCUGACUCUAGGAAAUAUGCAUGUUUUGUUUUGAAGAUGUUCGAUUGACUCUUGCUGUUUGCUGGCAUUGCUUUGGGUGUUUGGUCUUUUUUUUGGGGGGGGGUGCUCAGAUGGUAUAUACGAGUUGUCAGAAUGCCAGUGGGGCAAAACACAGUAUUUCUGCCACCAGUCUGAACUGACUGUAUAUAUAUAAUUGAGUGCAUAUAAUAGGAACAGGGUUUUUUUUUUUUUUUUAGAAAGACCCAUUCAUAUAGAAAACCUCAUUUUCUGCACUAGAACAUCAAAUUGUUUACAGUUGUUUUCUGCUACUGUGAUUUCUGAUCAUGCUUUGUCAUUAUUUUCAAUUUUGUUUUAAAAAGCUUGAACCUAAUGGCCAAAAUAGGUUUAGUCUCAGUGCCUGAUUCCAUCAUCUCUCUUUGCGUUGCUUGGCCUUGGAAUGCACUAGCAAGCCUUACUCACUAACCAGCCUUUGCUACUUACACAACUUUUUAAAAUUAUUAUUUAGAAAUGUAAUAAGUGCCAAGCUCAAAAUGUGAACGUAACAAACAAAGAAACUGAUUUGUAGAUCUGUCUGUUUCUACAGUACAUUUGGUGAAUUAAAAUUUUAAUAUAUGAAAUAAUAGUUUGAUUUUACAAUAGAUUUCUCCUGUGUUUACACUUAAUGAAUUGCUCUAAAGAGUGACCAGUGUUGAACUACGAUAAUAAUUACUUUACUACUGAUAAGUAUAUUUUUUUGUUUAAAAUGAAUAGCUUUGUUAAUGAUUGAGUCAUGCAUUGUUUUUUAAUUUGCUUUAGUAUACUUUAAUGAAUAUUCUAACUUCAUUUUAAAAUCAUCACUGUCAUACUCUCUUGUUGCUUUUUAUUUUCAUUAUUUUUUAUUUUAUUUUAUUUUUGCUGUUAAUAAAUAAAAAACAAAUGAAUAAAGUAAACUUCAAACCAUAUGACACCACCACUAUUAAAAUGUAAACAAUGGGAGAAAAACUGAAUUCAUCGUCAAAGAACUUCCACUGACAGAGAUCUACUGCUACUACUACCAUUGCUAUUACUACUAUUACUACACUAUUCUUCAUCACUGACCAAUCACAGCAAGAAACAAAAUAGCGUCUCACCUCAUCAUGUACCUUACUAAUUACCUGGCUGAACAAAACGACACAGCUGUGUCUUUGAAACGAUGGACCUGCGCUCCAUCUGCUAAAGGCCAGUAGCCUCCAAGUGUCCCACAGCAGCUCUCUGGCCCCAGGUCUGUAUUGUGUGUCUUUAGCAUUAGCGCCUGGCUCAGACCUGUCACCACUGUUUCUGUAUUCAGUCGGCCUGUCCCCUGCUGCACCUUCACUUUGUCAUGUCGCCCUGGUUACGGCUGCCGUUUGCGCCUUCACAUACAUGUUUCCAUGGUAAUGGUGAUUGUUUGUGCACAGCUAAAUUGCAAUGGCUGCCGAACAGGCCCCUCUCUGAGAAAGUGAUUUGAACUGCAGGUUCCCUGUGACCAUGGGAGGUGUAGGCGGUGAGGGUAAAGGUGUGGGAGGGCAAAUGUGGGAGGGCAAAUGGAGGGUGGGUUUUUUUUUCUAAGAAGCUUUUUUCUUAAUUAGCCCCGACACCCUGACUAAAGCAAACUAACAAGCUUACUCUCUGACGCUAAUCAAGCUAAUUCUUUCUCUCUCUCUUUUUGUCCCAUUUACUUCACCCUCUAAUGUUCCCAUUUCGAUCCAAAUACCCUGCGCUCUGUUUCUACAUCGUCUGCCAAUUCCCUCCAUCCCGCUACUUCCUGCUUAUCCCCACUGCUGUCACUGGCAUUAAACAUGUGCCCCGGGGAGGAAUCACUCAAUCCCAUGCCUCAACCAUGAAUCACUCACUAUCGGACAAUUUCGAUUUGACAUGCCCUCCCUCUCUCCCCCAAAAUA